AUGGGGAAAGCGGGUGACAGGAUGAAUGCUUUACGAAAAGCAAAGAAUAAAGCAAUACGCUGCUUGCAAUUUAUAGAGCUGUAUCAGAACCACACAAUUUACCAUGACAUUGCAGUGAAAUUUAAAAGCACAAACAUCCGCAUGAAGAAACAAAACAAAGGGUUUGCUUCUGUGCCAGUGAAAGGGAGUUGCUGUUCGUAUUCUAGCCUGGUGUGGGCUUUCCAGACACAAUGUUCCAUCUCUACCCCCUGGAAUGUGACAGUCAAUCAAUGCAGACGAAGCAGUUUCUUCAAUACAUUGACAGCUGAUGAACUAUGGAAAGGAGCUUUGGCAGAAACUGGUGUGGGAGUAAAGAAAGGAAGAGGAAAGAGAAGGAAGAAAAAGCUAAGGAAGAAUCUCAAUAGAGGCCAGGAGAUUGGUGAAGGACGUUCUGGUUUCCUGUGGCCUGGUCUUAAUGCCCCCCUGAUAAAAAGUGGGAAAGUCCAGGAAGUUACUCAACGAAAAAAAGAAGAACUAGAAAGAAUUCAGUCUGAAAUUGUUCAGCAGAGAGAUACAUGGGAGAAGAAAAGAAAAGUAAAAAUUAAGAGAGAGGGAGGAUGGAGCGGGAAGUGUUGGGGAGGUGUCCUUCUGGAUCCUCCUGACCCAGGUCCUAAUGGAG